GUCGAAGAUAAAUUUACAUGCACACCGGUAAAACCCGGAAGUAAAAUUUGCUUGAUAUUUUUUCUAAUAUUUCCCAAAAUCAAACGAUGAGGAGAGGAGCUGGUAUUGGUGCCAUCAAAAAUAAAAACAUCGCGCAAGCCAGAUUCAAGGACAAGGGAAAUGAAAUUGCAGAGGAUCAAUUUGCACAGAUGACAAAGCAGAUGGAUUCCUUCAAAGGCUACCUGGAGGACUUCACAGCCAAACACAAGGACGACAUCAAGAAGAACCCAGAGUUUCGAGCACAAUUUCAGGAGAUGUGUGCCUCUGUUGGUGUAGACCCUCUUGCUUCGAGCAAGGGGUUCUGGGCCGAGAUGCUCGGCGUUGGAGACUUCUACUAUGAGCUCGGGGUACAGAUAAUAGAGGUCUGUCUUGCUACCAGCCACAGAAAUGGAGGUCUUAUCAGCAUAGAGGAACUACGAGAAAGGCUGAUGAAAUCCAGGAGUAAAAAGAGUCAAGAAGUCAGCUAUGAUGAUCUGUUACGAGCUAUAAAGAAGUUAAAAGUCCUUGGAAAUGGUUUCUCUGUGAUCACAGUUGGCAACACAUACAUGGUACAAUCUGUCCCUGGUGAGCUCAGCAUGGACCAUACCACUGUCAUACAACAGGCCCAGGCAAAUUUCUUCGUGACAAAGUCCAAGCUAACCUCAGGUUUGAAAUGGGAAGAGGAAAGAGCAAACAGGGCUUUAACCUAUCUAGUCAAAGAAGGCCUGGCGUGGGUGGAUGACCAAUCAGAAGAUGCGGAAAGACAAUACUGGUUCCCAAGUCUGUAUACAGCAAAUAUAGCAGUUACAUCAUAGUGCUGGGAACUUGGGCCCUGUUUUUUUACAAGGCAAUUCAGCGGACUUUUUCGACAGUGUGAAAAUUGCGGAAUGUUGAACAAGAAAUAGUCUUUUCCAUACCAGUUAAAGUUUAUAUUGAUAUAAAUUCUCUGUUUUAAACCAAGAUCUAUUUAUUUUUAAUUUGUUGGUUUAUAUUCAUUUACAAUUUUCCUUAUUUCAACUUCCAAAUCGCAAAUGGUCAACCAAUUUGAAAUUGUAUUUAAGAUGGUUCUUGAAUACGGCACCAGGGGUUUUAAGAUGCGGACAAAUACUCUGUAAAAUGUGCUUUCUGUAUGUGUAUAGAAAAUAGGACAAUUACAUAAUAGUGCUUAGAAACCAUUUUUUUUUUUCAAACAGGCUCCUUAGUUGUAUAUGAUUUUGAAUGACUAUAUAAGGAGAUUCUGAUUUACCUUUUAUAACAAGAUGUUGAGUGUCGUUUCAUAGCAUGAUUUUGAAUGACUUAUUUAAAUAAAUAUGGUAGUAACCUGGA